CUUCGGAGGAGUUCCUCUUGAACUUCAGUCGUGUUGUGGUAAUGUUGGCACUGUUACAGCAGUGAUAAUGUCUGUGCAGAGCGUGCAGGUCCGGGAUGCGUCCAUACAUUUCCGUUUACUACAGCAGUAUCUGUUUCUCCUGAAGAAAUACCCCAUCCUCACCAAGUCUAUAACCAGUGGCAUCCUCUCAGCAUUAGGAAAUCUUCUGUCUCAGGUUUUGGAAGCAAGAAAAAAGGCCAAAAAUGGAGCCCUGGUCAAUGAGAUAGACACAGCUGGAGCUGCACGAUAUGCCAUCUAUGGGUUGUUUAUUACAGGACCAGUGAGCCAUUACUUUUAUCAGCUGAUGGAGUUGUGGAUGCCCACCACUGAUCCACUCUGCAUAGUCAAACGAUUGCUUCUGGACCGGCUUAUAUUUGCCCCGGGCUUUCUUCUCCUCUUCUACUUUGUCAUGAACAUUCUCGAGGCAAAAGGCUGGGGAGACUUUGAAAAGAAGAUGAGAGCGAGUUACUGGACAGCUUUAAAGAUGAACUGGAAAGUGUGGACUCCCUUCCAGUUCAUCAACAUCAACUUCGUACCUGUACAGUUUAGGGUGCUGUUUGCCAACAUGGUUGCCUUAUUUUGGUACGCCUACCUAGCAUCUGUGAGGAAGUGAAGCGUCCCGACUUGCAGAAGAUUGACCUUGAAGAAUCAGCUUCUUCACAGUGGCUUUAAUAUGAUUUGUUUGUCUACUGAACCACUUUGCACCUGUUCUUUAUCAUGUCAGCAAUACUCAGUAGCUCUGAUAAUCGUCUGCCAACAAAAACCUAACAGCAGGAAUGAGCUCAGUAAACAUGCUGCUAUAAUGUUCUUAACACCUAACUGCCUUUGAUAUACCAGAAAAAAGUACAUGUAGUUAUUAAAAAGGAUGUAUUUUUACACAGCACUGGAUAAAUUUGUAAAAAUGUAACUUGAAAUUAAAUAAUUAAGUCUA